GUCCAGAGUGGCUGGCGGACGUUGCUUCCGAGCUGGAGGCGGGAAAGGUCAUGCAUGUACGAUCGAAUGGCCACACUAGUUGAUUGGUCCUCUGGACACUAACCAGAGACUGUGUUUUGGCGAGCAGCGCAGAGAAGACGUGGUAUCGGUCCGGCUCGCGUUCGUCCUCGCGAUGAAGCCACGCCCGCCUGGUGAGAAGAAACAAACGAGACUUGGUGCCCAAGGCCAUCACCGCGCAGUGCUGCCUUUCUCCAGCUUGCGGAAAGCACGACCGACUGUUUUGAGACAUGGACUGACAGGAGCACCAGGGCAACUCCUCCGCCGACGUCCAGCCACCAAGGCUCGAUUCGAGCCGAUUCCGUACCAGCCCUCCUCGUCUUCCAUUGCCUGCAUGCAACACAUGCAUGCCUGCCUGCCUGCCUGUACCCACUCAUCCCCAUCCCAUCCCCCCAUUGACACGCCGGCCAGCACGUCACGCACAGCUUGGCCGCUUGUCAAGGAGCGAGUCCAGCACCGCAGCUGUCCAGCCGUGUGUACCUCCGCCCCCUCCAGGCCCGCCCAUCACCCUGACGUAAGCCUGCCUCGCGCCUUCUCGAGACUUCUCUACAGCAUCAGCACCACCAGCAUAGGCGACCUUUACCACCGCUCCGCCUGCCCUCGUCGCUCGUCAGGCGGCCAGCCAGCUAGCCAGUUGCUCAUUCGUCCCAGUCCUUCGGCGCAGCACGACCAGAUUCUUCCUAUCCUUGUACACAAGUGUGGCGGAAUCUGCCGCUCAGGGUCCCCCCCCUCCCUGUCGACAGCCCUGCACGCCCUGCUGCCCUUUGUCUGUCAAAAUCGCUGCUGUACAGACACCGGGACACCAGGCCGAGCCCACACGUACUCUGAGGUACAGCCUGCCCGCCGACGCCCACCUCCUUCCCCGGCCACCCAGCAACCGACGACCAAACCUUGAGCCCACCCGCAGAUGCCCGUCACAGUCACCUUCUAAAUCAUGGCCUCGGCGCCCAUGCCGCCUCUGCCCAUCCUCCCUGGCGUCCAUGCCUCUGCAAUCCGGGAAAACACCGCCGCGGAGCCUGUCACGAGCACAGUGGCUCUGCCUAAAUCCCUCGAGCUCUCCCAGAGUCUCACCACGGCACAUGCGCCAUGCCACGUCCUCCUAUAGCUGAUCUCCCCGUGGAUUGGCCACCGCCAGCCACGCCUCUCGACCUCG